AUGGAAGAACUCACAGCCUUCGUUUCUAAAUCGUUCAACAACUCAGGAAAGAGUGAGAAAGACAAACACAGAUCAGACAACGACAGUCACCGGCCAGCGACUGAUAACCAAACCAAUGAAUCUUCGAAAGAAAGAAAUGAAGCGGCUGAUGACAAAUUACACCUGGACAAACAUGAAGUUAUCUCUCAUACCGAGCAUGUAGAUUUAGAUGACGUUAGCCGAGACCAGGAGAAUAUGACGGACAUUGUGAUAAUUGAAGAUGAUAGAGACGGUUACAUGGCAGAUUACACGGGUAAGACAUACAUAUUUUGUCUCAUACUCCACGGAACACUUAGCGAUGUAGUGAAGCAUACUAACAUACCCGCUUAUAUGUCUUCAUGGGUGUACACACAUAGUGACAUGGUGGUGCUGACUGACGUACCCGCUUAUAUGUCUCCAUGGGUGUACACACAUAGUGACGUGGUGGAGCGGACUGACAUACCCUCUUAUAUGUCUCCAUGGGUGUACACACAUAGUGACGUGGUGGAGCAGACUGACAUACCCGCUUAUAUGUCUCCAUGGGUGUACACACAUAGUGACAUGGUGGUGCAGACUGACAUGCCCGCUUAUAUGUCUCCAUGGCUGUACACACAUAUUGACGUGGUGGAGCAGACUGACAUACCCGCUUAUAUGUCUCCAUGGGUGUACAUACAUAGUGACAUGGUGGUGCAGACUGACAUGCCCGCUUAUAUGUCUCCAUGGGUGUACACACAUAGUGACGUGGUGGAGCGGACUGACAUACCCUCUUAUAUGUCUCCAUGGGUGUACACACAUAGUGACGUGGUGGAGCAGACUGACAUACCCGCAUAUAUGUCUCCAUGGGUGUACACACAUAGUGACAUGGUGGUGCAGACUGACAUGCCCGCUUAUAUGUCUCCAUGGGUGUACACACAUAUUGACGUGGUGGAGCAGACUGACAUGCCCGCUUAUAUGUCUCCAUGGGUGUACACACAUAGUGACAUGGUGGUGCUGACUGACGUACCCGCUUAUAUGUCUCCAUGGGUGUACACACAUAGUGACAUGGUGGUGCGGACUGACAUACCCUCUUAUAUGUCUCCAUGGGUAUGGUUUCAAAACAGGAGAGCCAAAUGCCGGAAACAAGAAAACCAGAUGCACAAAGGUAAGUUAAUUAUGUACACGGCGCGACGUUUGGAUACUUGUCGGGUUGCCCCCUACGUCAAUAUGGGAGCAGUACGCAUGCCAUUUGACCGAAUCCAGGCACAUUUACAUUUGAAUGGAAGUACUGCUAAUACCAUGGUAACAGCUGCUUCAGCUCCCACGUUCGUCACGCCAGCACACUCGAUGAUGAUGUUUCAACACCCAGCAUUCCCGGUCACUAUGGCGACACUUCUUGACACCGCGAAAACUGCUAAAAGUUCCAGCAUUGCCGAUCUCCGUCUAAAAGCUCGAAAACAUACAGCCGCACUUGGCAUCGGUUUAUGA